CACUGGAUUGACAUAUCGGGUAUGAAGAGAGUCAAAGUAGUGCUAGACAGGCCAAAUCAUCUGUUUGAAAUUUGGCUAGAAGAAUGGAAAAAGGAAGCGAUGCUCCGAAAUUCCGAACUGCAGAGUCACUUCGCGAAGGCAUUGGACUCGCUGAAGAGAUAUCCGUUACCGUUGGAAUCUGGCAGAGAUUGUAUAAUUUUGCAACAUUUCGGCUCGAAAUUAUGCUCGAUGCUGGAUAAGAAGUUGGAGGAGUAUAGAAGGCAAGAGUCAGGUAACGCGAGUGAUGAUGCCCGUGUUGCUGUGGAAGGUAACGAAGAGUACGCGAUUGCAUCGAAAAAAACGCCAUCAGAGGAAGAUCGGACGAUAGGUGAAGUACAAGAAAAAACAGCAAUGGCUAAACAAAAUAAGAACACGAGAAAAAAUGCCUCGAAGAAAUUAGUAAAUGCAAAUGAAGUAGCAUUGAGGCAUGCUGACAAACAGAUUCAUUUUGAACCUAAUACUUUUGAUAUUAUAUUACUGGUGGAUACUCAAGAAACUUGUGGUGGAAAAACCAAGUCUCAGCAUGAUGCUACACUUGUUGAGUUGACACAACUCGGUGUGUUGUUUGAAGUACGUCGCUUAAAAGUUGGUGACUUUGCAUGGAUUGCAAAGUGUAGAAAGACUAAUGAUGAAUUGGUUAUUCCCUAUAUAGUUGAAAGAAAGCGAAUGGAUGACUUAAGCGCAAGUAUUACAGAUGGCAGGUUCCAUGAACAAAAGUUUCGAAUGAAACAAUCUGGUAUUGAAAACCUCAUGUACAUAGUAGAAAAUAUAGAUAAGAACACCAGAUUUUCUAUACCAUUUUCAUCAUUGUUGCAAGCUUCUGUGAAUUGUAUAGUGCAAGACAAUUUUACAGUGAAAUACACAAAGAAUCAUAAAGAUUCUAUGUCAUAUUUAUCAUGUGUAACCAAAACUUUGAUUAAAAUCUAUAUGAAUAAAAGACUCGUUGGAUGUAAAAGAGAACAGCUUACCCAGAUAAAUAAUAUAGAUAACACAGUAUACCUUAUGGAAUUAAAGGAAUUUAAUAAAUCAUCCUCUAAAAAAAGAACGUUUAAAAUAAGUGAGAUGUUUGUCCGUCAAUUAUUACAGUUAAAAGGUAUGUCUGUAGAAAAAGCCAUGGCAAUUGUGGAACAUUACAGUGCACCAAAACUUUUAAUUGCAUCUUUGCAAAAUUGUGACAAAAAUGGGGAACAAUUAUUAGCAAAUGUUCAAGUAGGUGACAAAAAGCGACAACUUGGACAUUCCAUCAGUAAGGCUGUUUACCAACUUUACACGACGAAUGAAUUGCGUUGACCAAUAAAGAUAUAUUCAAAAAAA